CCAGAAGGCAGGGAAUAGAUCACGUGACAAUCCCGGAUGUCAACAAACGAUAUCAACAACAGGGAAGUGUCAACGCUUCGUUGUUACAGAUUUUACAAUGGAUUAACCGACAUUUGAUAAUUAAUUAAUGUUACAGUCACCCGUGUACCUUCUGAAAGGAACUAUGAGUGCGUUCUGUUGAUUCUACGCUAGUUUAGCUUUUGACGAAGACUUUCAACAUGAGGUCCGAUUCUCCUCUCUCCAGCGUCAACGUAGUGCUUGUUAUGGCCUACGGAAGUCUGGUGUUUGUGCUGCUGUUCAUCUUUGUGAAGAGGCAGAUCAUGCGCUUCGCCAUGAAGUCUCGUAGAGGACCACAUGUACCCUUGGGGCACAACGCUCCAAAGGAGCUGAGACAGGAGAUAGACUCUCGUCUGUCCAAGGUUCAGGAGAUCCGCUUUGAGCCGCGCCUGCUGUCUGAACAGGACGACAGACUACUGAGUGGCGGUUGCUAUGACUACCUGUACAGAAUGAGGGCACUAGAUGCCAUAAGAGACUCUGAUAUUCCGUUCAGUGAGUUGGGAGGGACUCCCACAGCUGUGACAGGGAGGAGAUUCCGCGCCUGGCUUCUAGAUCUGAGGAGUUCCCAUUCCCUGUUCCGCAGCAGCCGCAGUUCCCUCAUAGACACACUGCUGGAGGGCUACCACAACGCUCGCCACGGCACCGGGGUGUUUGGAGAAGCAGAGUUUGUCAAAUACAAGGAAGCCCUGAACGAACUGGCCUCUGUUUAUUCUUCUCUCACCAGUGUGAAGAGCCACUCCAGCUCCACCAGUCUGGACCAGUAUCACCAGUUAGCAGCUAAAGACCUGACCAGUACCCCAGAGCCCACCCCCCCCUCUCCCCCCUCCCAGGUCACAUACCUACCGUCAGCUGGGCAACGCACCAAACGACCAAAACACUUCCUGGAACUCAAGAACUUUAAAGACAAGUACAACACCUUGGAAAGCACAUUCUGAGAACUACAAUCUCCUAUGGCAUAACAUGAGAAACUACAAUUCCCUACAGCAUACCUUGAGAAACCACAACUUGCUGCCUCUGACAACUGCAACUCCCUACAACCCUGAGAACUUACAACUCCCUAGAAAACAACCUGAAAACUACAACAACUUCUCUGCUACCACUUUAAAUCUGCUUUGUUACGAGUACUGGACUCACUUUUCCUUUUCUAUUUCCAAAGUAGAUAGCCUAGUGGAAAAAAAAUCUGUCGUUCUGCCCCUGAACAAGGCAGUUAACCCACUGUUCCUAAGCGUCAUUGUAAAUAAUAAUUUGUUCUUUUCUGACUUGACUAGUUAAAUAAAAGAUAAAUUAAGGUAGUGAUAAGUAGAGCUCCUGGAGGGGACAGCUCCCGGAGGGGACAGCUCCCGGAGGGGACAGCUCCCGGAGGGGACAGCUCCCGGAGGGGACAGCUCCCGGAGGGGACAGAUCCUGGGGUUUGUGGUUGGUGAGUUAGUUUAGUGAGAGACUUGUUAGUGCCAGCGGAGAGAGAAGAGACUUGGUAGGGUUGGUACUUGGUACAGUUGGGAAGACUGGAGCACAGCAGGAUUAACAGUAGCAUAUCACAGCAGUAUAGGAAUGACAGUAACAUUACGCUGCCUUACUAGUCCUGAGGAAAAACACUGCCUACUAUCUGUCAUGCGUCUCACAUAAUAAAUAGUGCACUAGAUUUAAGCUUAUUUGACCUUAAACAUCAUUGUGAACUUUUGCACAGACUUUGCAGGUAGAUCAUCAUGUAGGGCUAUGCAAAACAAGAUGAGACCAGACAACCUACAUGCAGUUUCUAUGCAGAAUGCAUUAAUGCAGGGUUUCCCAAACUUGGUCCUGGGGACCCCAAGUGGUGCACGUUUUGGUUUCUGCCCUAGCACUACACAACUAACUCAAAUAAUCAACUAAUCAUUUAGCUUUGAUUAUUUGAAUGAGCUGUGUCGUCCUGGGGCAGAACCUGAAAUGUACAUCUCUUUGAUUAUUUGAAUGAGCUGUGUCGUCCUGGGGCAGAACCUGAAACGUACAUCUCUCUGGGUCCCCAGGACUGAGUUUGGGAAACCCUGCAUUAAUGCACAGUGUUAGAGUAAGACUUGUUUAUAGUGUGUUCAGUGCUAACUAAGCUAUUGAUGGACUAACGUUAUAGCAGACCAGCGUUCCUCACAAUGGCCCUGGACAGCUACAGUACAGGCUGUGCAGGCUUUUGUUCCCGCCUAGCACUAACACACCUCCAAUCAAGAUGAUGAGUAGAAUCCGGUUAGUCACUGUUGAGCUGGAACAACACAGCCUGGAACUCUGCAGGACCAGGACAGAAGAACUAUGAAUUAUUCAAGUAUUACUGCUAGACAUUUCCAGUAUUAUUGUCCUGUUGCCAGCACUUGUUUAGGGCAGAGCCAUGUAUUUACAUAUAUAUUGCUCUGGUUUAGGGCGUGUUACAAGGAAAAAAACAUGCUACACAGUUUGACUGUUGUCCAUUUGCUGCAUAAAAAUUGUACUUUUUAUUGUACAAUUCUUUUUUUUUUGCUGAAUUUUUUUUUUGUAUUCCAUUUUUAAAGAUAAUAUGAAUGCUUUAUUCUAAUUAAUGAAGUGCCCUUUUUCCUGAAUGGAUGAUUUUAAUACAAUUAACUUAUUACGUGCAUGUAUGGUUGAAUACUAAAACCGUAAUAUAUUCUUGAGGUGUGAGUUGGCUAUAUAGACUGGGUUCUAGUCCGAUAUAUUCAUAAUGAGGUGUGAGUUGGCUAUAUAGACUGGGUUCUAGUCCGAUAUAUUCAUAAUGAGGUGUGAGUUGGCUAUAUAGACUGGGUUCUAGUCCGAUAUAUUCAUAAUGAGGUGUGAGUUGGCUAUAUAGACUGGGUUCUAGUCCGAUAUAUUCAUAAUGAGGUGUGAGUUGGCUAUAUAGACUGGGUUCUAGUCCGAUAUAUUCAUAAUGAGGUGUGAGUUGGCUAUAUAGACUGGGUUCUAGUCCGAUAUAUUCAUAAUGAGGUGUGAGUUGGCUAUAUAGACUGGGUUCUAGUCCGAUAUAUUCAUAAUGAGGUGUGAGUUAGCUAUAUAGACUGGGUUCUAGUCCGAUAUAUUCAUAAUGAGGUGUGAGUUGGCUAUAAAGACUGGGUUCUAGUCCGAUAUAUUCAUAAUGAGGUGUGAGUUGGCUAUAUAGACUGGGUUCUAGUCCGAUAUAUUCAUAAUGAGGUGUGAGUUAGCUAUAUAGACUGGGUUCUAGUCCGAUAUAUUCAUAAUGAGGUGUGAGUUGGCUAUAUAGACUGGGUUCUAGUCCGAUAUAUUCAUAAUGAGGUGUGAGUUAGCUAUAUAGACUGGGUUCUAGUCCGAUAUAUUCAUAAUGAGGUGUGAGUUAGCUAUAUAGACUGGGUUCUAGUCCGAUAUAUUCAUAAUGAGGUGUGAGUUGGCUAUAUAGACUGGGUUCUAGUCCGAUAUAUUCAUAAUGAGGUGUGAGUUGGCUAUAAAGACUGGGUGCCAGUCAGUUUCUGCUUUAACCAAUCCCCACUCUCUCUUACAGCAGAAACAGACUGGUAUGGUACCCAGGCUCAUAUGAAUCGUCAGUGGAGUUAUCUAAAGCACCUACAGAUGUGGGACCAGGCUCGAGAUUUAUGGAUUGAGUAAUAUUGAUGUAUGAUUGUAGCACAAUGCUCCUCCAAUCAAAUGUGAACAGCUUUAGAAGUGUGUUCGAAUCUAAUGGGUUGUGUGUAUGAUUGAUGUAUGAUUGGGACCAGAGGAGGCUGGUGAGGAGAGGACGCCUCAUAAUGGAUGGAAUUGAAUGGUAACAAACACAUGAAAAAAAUCAAGUGUUUGAUUUGUUUAAUACCAUUCCAUUUAUUCCGUCCCAGCCAUUACUAUGGCCUGAUAAUAGUGCUGAAUAGGCUGCUUUAUGUUUUAAUGGACUCCCCUGAUCUAUCCUCUGUGCAAUUGUAAUACAUACUGUAGCUGCCAUUCCAUUAAAGUGGUACCACUGGA